GGGGCUAGGGCAGGAGGCGGCGGCGGCGGUGGGAGAGGCGCCUGAGCUGCCUCCAUCCAUGGCACGGAGCGGCGGCGGUGGCGGCGGCGGCAGGAGCCCAGCCCUAUCCGCUAGAUCCCAGUGGAGUGCGCAGCGGGACAGUGCCGCCGAGGGGAUCAGCCCGACGUGGAGAGCAGGGCACAGUGGCCGCUCCGGCGGGGCCAGCCCGAGCCGGAGCCCUUCUGACAGCCGCGUCCUCCCCUCCGGGGCGCUCCGGCGGGGGCCCCGAGCUCGCCGGACAUGCCCCGUGGGCGCGGCGGCGGGGACCCCCGGGCUCUUCUCCGCCUAGGGCUCCCCGCCCGGCCCAUGGGCGUCCCCGGCCCUAGCUAAUCCCACCCCCCCAAAGCCCGUGUCCGCGCCCGCCUCUGGUUGUACCCCGGUGCCAGCGCUGUCCGUCCCCGCGAGGGACGAUGGGCUGAUGGGCGCCAGGGGCCGCAGGAUGCGAGGGGCGGCGGUGGUGCUGCUGCUGCUGGUGCUGCUGCUGGCCCUGGAGCCGGGGGGUGCCCGGGGCUGCCCGGUGCCGAUCCGCAGCUGCAAGUGCGCCGGAGAGCGGCCCAAAGGACUGAGCGGCGGCGCACCCAACCCGGCUAGAAGGAGAGUGGUGUGCAGUGGCGGGGACCUCCCGGAGCCGCCCGAGCCUGGCCUGCUGCCCAAUGGCACCGUUACUCUGCUCCUAAGCAAUAACAAACUCACCGGACUUCGGAACGGCUCUUUCUCUGGACUUCACAUGCUGGAGAAACUGGACCUGAAGAACAAUCUCAUCAGUACAGUGCAUCCUGGUGCCUUCCUGGGACUGGGAGAGUUGAAGCGCUUAGAUCUCUCCAACAACCGAAUUGGCUGUCUUUCUUCUGGAGUCUUCCAAGGCCUUUCCAACCUCCUCCGACUAAACAUGUCUGGGAACAUCUUCUCUAGCCUACCAGCUGGAGUGUUUGAUGAGCUUCCAGCCUUGAAAGUUGUGGACUUUGGCACGGAAUUCCUGACCUGUGACUGCCACCUACACUGGGUACUGCCAUGGGCCCGCAACCACUCUGUGCAACUGUCUGAGCGGACACUCUGUGCCUACCCAAGUUCCCUCCAUGCCCAGGCCCUUCGAGGUCUCCAGGAUACCCAGCUCCAUUGUGCGGGUGCCCUGGAGCUGCACACUCACCACCUGAUCCCCUCGCUGCGCCAGGUGGUGUUCCAAGGUGAUCGGCUUCCCUUCCAGUGUACCGCCAGUUACCUGGGCAGUAGUACCCACAUCCGCUGGUACCAUAACCGGGUACCUGUGGAGGGGGAUGAGGAGGCAGGUGUCAUCCUAGAGGAGAGCCUGGUCCAUGACUGUACCUUCAUUACCAGCGAGCUAAUUCUGUCCCACAUCCAUGUGUGGGCAUCGGGUGAAUGGGAGUGCUCCGUCUCUACUGCCCAAGGCAACGCCAGCAAGAGGGUGGAGAUUGUAGUGCUGGAGACCUCAGCCUCCUACUGUCCUGCCGAGAGAGUCGCCAACAACCGGGGAGACUUCAGGUGGCCUCGAACGCUGGGAGGCAUCACGGCAUAUCAGUCCUGCCUUCAGUACCCCUUCACCUCAGUGCCUCUGAGUGGGGGCACUCCAGGCACUAGGGCCUCUCGACGUUGUGACCGGACUGGGCGCUGGGAGCCAGGGGACUAUUCCCACUGCCUCUACACCAAUGAUAUCACCCGUGUGCUCUAUACCUUCGUCCUGAUGCCCAUAAAUGCUUCCAAUGCACUGACUCUGGCACACCAGCUGCGUGUCUACACAGCUGAGGCUGCAGGCUUCACAGACAUGAUGGAUGUGGUCUAUGUGGCACAGAUGAUCCAGAAAUUUCUGGGCUAUGUUGACCAGAUUAAAGAGCUAGUGGAGGUGAUGGUCGAUAUGGCCAGUAACCUGAUGCUUGUCGAUGAACACCUACUAUGGCUGGCCCAGCGAGAGGACAAGGCCUGCAGCGGCAUCAUUGGAGCCCUGGAACGUAUUGGAGGGGUUGCCCUCAGCCCCCACGCCCAGCAUAUCUCUGUGAAUUCAAGGAAUGUGGUACUGGAGGCACACCUCAUCAAACCCCACAGUUAUGUGGGCCUUAGCUGUACCGCUUAUCAGAAACGGGAGCCUGCAGUCUCAGGGCAUCGUCCAGGGCCCCCUGGCCUAGAUCCCCAGCCUGAGCAUGAGACCCUAGCUGAUCAACAACUCCGUUUCCGCUGUACCACUGGGAGGCCCAAUAUCUCCCUGUCCACCUUCCACAUCAAGAAUAGUGUGGCCCUGGCCUCCAUCCAGCUGCCCCCCAGCCUGUUCUCGUCCCCUCCGGCUGCACUGGCCCCACCAAUUCCCCCGGACUGCACCCUGCAAUUGCUCGUAUUCCGCAAUGGCCGCCUUUUCCGUAGUCAUGGCAACACCUCUCGCCCUGGAACUGCAGGGCCCAGCAAGAGGCGUGGGGUGGCUACUCCUGUCAUCUUUGCUGGAACCAGUGGCUGCGGUGUCGGGAACCUUACAGAGCCAGUGGCUGUCUCCCUAAGGCAUUGGGCUGAAGGGGUGGAUCCUGUGGCAGCCUCCUGGAGCAUGGAAGGGCCUGGAGGACCAGGAGGCUGGAGUUCUGAAGGCUGCCAGCUCCACACUAGCCAGUCCAAUGUCAGCUCCCUGUACUGCCAGCACCUUGGCAACAUUGCAGUGCUCAUGGAGCUGAGCACUUUUCCUCGGGAAGCAGGGGGCCCAGGAGCAGUUUUGCAUCCUGUUGUCUACCCCUGCACGGCCCUGCUGCUGCUCUGCCUCUUCUCCACCAUCAUCACCUACAUCCUCAACCACAGCUCCAUCCAUGUCUCAAGAAAGGGCUGGCAUAUGCUGCUGAACCUGUGCUUCCACAUGGCUAUGACGUCGGCUGUCUUUGCAGGCGGCAUCACUCUCACCAACUACCUAAUUGUCUGUCAGGCGGUAGGCAUCACCCUGCACUAUUCUUCACUGUCCACACUGCUCUGGAUGGGUGUGAAGGCUCGUGUUCUCUACAAGGAGCUGACCUGGAAGGCUCCACCCCCCCAGGAAGGGGAGCCAGCCCCACCCACUCCCCGUCCAAUGCUCCGGUUCUAUCUUAUUGCUGGAGGCAUCCCACUCAUCAUCUGUGGUACCACUGCAGCUGUCAAUAUCCAUAAUUACCGGGAUCAUAAUCCCUACUGCUGGCUGGUGUGGCGUCCUAGUCUGGGAGCUUUCUACGUGCCAGUGGCCCUGAUCCUGCUGAUCACCUGGAUCUACUUUCUAUGUGCUGGGCUGAGUUUACGGGGCCCCCAGGGGCAGGGCCCCAAAGGGAGCCACAGCAGGGCCUCACUGGAGCCAGGGGAGGACCUUCGAUGUCCAGCCAGGCUCCAAGGCAGUGGCCCCCUACUGAGUGACUCCGGUUCCCUCUUGUCUGCUGGGGGUGGAGGAGUGAUUUCCCCAGGGCACCCAGGUGAUGGAGAUGGCAUUUAUUCCCCAGGGGCCCAGCUCGGAGCACUGGUGACAACUCACUUCUUGUAUCUGGCGCUGUGGGCCUGUGGCGCUCUGGCAGUGUCCCAGCAGUGGUUGCCCAGUGUGGUGUGCAGUUGUUUGUAUGGGGUGGUAGCUGUAGCGCUGGGUCUCUUUGUCUUCUCCCACCACUGUGCCAGAAGAAGGGAUGUCCGGGCUUCCUGGCAAGCCUGCUGUCCCUCCUCCCCUCCUUCCACGCGGGCACUGCCCAGGCCCUUGUCCACCAUCAUAGAGGACGGCUCUCCAGUCUUUGCCGAGGGGCAUUCCUCCCUCAAAUCCUCCCCCAGUGGCAGCAGCGGCCAUGCCCAACACAUGAGUCCCUGCAAGCUGACCAACCUGCAGCUGGCCCAGAGCCAGGCCUGUGACGUGGGCGUGGGAGCCCUCGGGGAAGAGCCCGAUGCUACCGGCCCUCGGGGCCCUGCUCCCCGCCACCCCAACAACGUGCAUCACGGGCGCCGGGGGCACAAGAGCCGGGCCAAGGGCCACCGUGCUGGGGAAGGGGGAGGCAAGCAUCGUCUGAAGGCGCUUCGGGCGGGAUCAGCGGCGCUAACGGGGGCGUCGGAGCUGCAGUCCAGCGAGAGUGGCAGCUUGCACAACAGCCCAUCCGACAGCUACCCUGGCAGCAGCCGCAACAGCCCCGGCGCUGGCCCUGCCCUGGACCCGCGGGAAGGAGAGCCUACACUCAGCCCUUCCGAGGGCAGCGACACCAGCGGGGCCCCUGGGCCCGAGGCUGGACGCGCCGGUCAGCGACGCUGUGCCAGCCGGGACAACCUCAAGGGCGGCGGGGGGCUGCUGGAGGAGAGCAAGCGCCGCUCCUACCCGCUCAACACCGCUAGCCAGAACGGAGCCUUGAAGGCCGGGAAAUACGACAUCAACCUGGGGAACGCAGAGACUGGAGCUGGUGGCUGUAUGAAGACGGGCCUCUGGAAGAGCGAGACCACCGUCUAGCGCCAAGCGGCUGUGGGAGCAGUAGGGAACACACGCUCACAUGCACACCCUGCUCACUGGCGGCCAAGCUGGGGUCCUCUGGCUGUACCUCAAAAGGUUCCCCACACUGGUGGCAGCCCAAGGCAGCACCUCUCCUUGCCAGUAAGGCAGAUGCCAAUCCACAAACACUAUUCCUUAACCCCAUUUAGGGGAAAGGCAAUUUACUUACGGGAAAGGCAUCUGCCCCUUUCUGGAGGGAGAUUCUCGAAAGGAUGACAAUCUUUGGAGCACACGAAGGACGCGUGCUUCCCUUCUACCCCAGCCUUGCCCUCCUUUUGUGUGUCUGUCCAGGAGCCUUGAUACCGUCCUGCAGGAAAAGGCCAUUUGCCAUCUACUCCACAGAGCAACCCUUCCCCUGCAGAAACUGGGCAGCUUGUGUGGGCUGAUGAAGGUUCCACUGUUCUUACCCAAACUGUCUCCCAUGUUAGCUGGUUAGAGGAAUAGGGUCUAGGGUGAGCUUUCUGGCCACCCCAGUUCUCUGUAAAGGCCUAAAGCCUCAUUUUUUAGGACCAGGGCCCGAGUCUCAUGGGUUAGCCAGAAAAUGGGCACUGGUUUGCCAGCUAGGCUGCUGCUUUGGAAGACAACUAUGCAAGGUAAAUGGGGAGAGUGGUCUUCAAGAGGGAAAGUGGGAAAAGGGCAAGAAGGCUGAGUUUUGUCCAAAUAGAACCAAAGAAGAGUGGGAUGCUACCCCUGAACUACAGUGCCUAAUUCAAGCUUAAUAUUUCAUUACAAAAUUGGGGUCAAAGAUAAACCAUCCUAGACUUGAAAGUUGAUCAUGCCAUGUGAUUUGAAGGAAGGAUAUGAGUAGAAAGCAAAAAGAACCAAAGCUAAGGAACAGGAACCAGCUGUUUUAGCUCAGAGCAAUACUCCUGGAGGAGCCAUGCUGGGGGUUCACAGUGUUGGAAACACUUUUGAAGCCUAAUUCUCACUCUCAGGCUUUGGCCCCAGAGGGCCCUAGAAAAAGAAUUUCCUUUUCUUGAAUAAAAGCCUAUGACAGAGCUCCAGGGAGUCAUAACUACCAGACCCCAGCUCUAUGGCUAUAAGAUGCCCCUCAGAGGUCAAACCAGCUUCCUGUUCUUACUGGGGCCCUAGCAAGGCAGGAGCUGGAGCAUUUAAUGGAGAUCCUCCCCCACUCAUGCUGCACAGCUCGGUUCUUUGCCUUCAUUCUUCUAUCCCUAGGCCUUUAACUUUCUCCUAAAGAAACUGACCAUCGGUCCUUUAGGAUUUUUUGGAGGGAGGGAGAGGGUGUUUAGACCUGAGAAGCAAAGAGACCAAGCCUGUUCAUGCUUCUCUGUUCUUGUCCUUGUGUGUGUCACCCAAGGUCUAUAAGGAGGGCAUAUGGGAAAGGGAGAUCCCAUUCGUUAGGGGUGGGUUCUGUUAUUUACGCUUGCUGCACAGAGACUAUAUUAGAGAAAGAAAGAAAAAAAAGCUUUGUAUUAUUCUUCCACAUAUGCUGGCUGCUGUUUACAUACCCUGCCAAUGCCUUAGCACUGGAGAGCUUUUGCAAUAUGCUGGGGAAAGGGGACUUGAGGGGAGGGAAUGAAAAGUGCCAAAGAAAACGUGUUUUUUAAAAACUCGGGUUUUAUACGAUAGAAUGUUUUCUAGCAGAUGCCUCUUGUUUUAAUAUAUUAAAGAUUUGCAAAGUCCCAUAAGCUUA